AAUACGGGAGUUUGUAUACAUUUGAUUACGAUUUUCGGAGUUAUUGAUGUUUUAACUUUCUGACACCUUGGAAGUUGAGUUUCAAUCUUUUUCGUAUUUAAUCAUGUCUUUGGUGCAGAGGAUCGCUCGUCAGGGCAAGAUCACGUUCUCAGCUCACUACAGCGCCCUAACAGCAGGCUCUACAGAGGCACCAGAUUUACAACCACUGCUGGCCUUGGUAAAUGAAUUGAAAUCAUCUGAUAUUAAUUUACCAUCUAAUCCAGCUGUGGCUGACAUUACACCUCCAGACAGUGCUCCAGCUGCUUUUAUAGACAUAUUAAGAGACAACCACUUUACUAUCGCUGGCUUUCUAUUACGAAGGGGCUCAUCUAUGCCUAUUCAUGAUCAUCCCAACAUGUAUGGAAUAUGUAAAGUACUAUAUGGCAAAGUAAUUAUCACAUCUUUCAGUCCACCAAAGAGAAUAGAAACAAGUAUUCCGCACAGCCAUGGAUUUAGCUACUACAUGGCCAAAGAUGAAGGUGCUGAAUUUUUCACUGCAGCCAGCCCAUGUGCUAUACUCACACCUAAUAGUAAAAACUUGCACACUAUUUGUGCAAUGGAACACUCGGCUUUCUUUGACAUACUUGGUCCACCAUAUAAUUCGUUUGAGAACCGGAAUUGCCAUUAUUAUCAAGAAGUUCCUAAAACAACUGUGUUUGAUCAGGAGAAAGCAAAAGAGUUGGAUGGUGUGAGAGUUCUGAAGAGAACAGAGCAACCACCAAUGUUUUAUACUUCUGUCAAAUCUUACAGAGGGCCGCCUGUGGAUGUAAGAAAGCUCUAGCUUAUUGCAGUUUGUGUGUCUUGAACUCCAAGUUGUUUUCAUUGGAAAGAAAAACGUAGUUCUAGCUACUACAUGUAGUAGUAUGGUUGAUGACAACUAUUUUAUAGUAUCAGAAAUGUUUCUUGUGUAUGGCAUGCAGUAGUGUUUCAUUUUUUCCUACUUUAGACUUAUGCUGUUCUCAUCUCAUCAUGUAUAGCUUAUUAGCUUGACUGCAUGUUUAGAUUUUUGAUGUGUACAAUGGUUAGCAUGUACAGACAUAAAAAAACUGGUAGACUACAACAGUUGUCAAUAUGAACACAUCA